AUGCAACUAAAACUAAUCUUUUGCUUGUUCCAAGGGGAAGAGAGACUUGAUGAAAAGAAGUAUCAUAUCAGAGAGCAAGAAGAUCAGAUCAUAGAGCAACAAGAGCUCUACUACAAUUUCAAGGACGGUAAGAAAAGACUGAAACUCAUGAACGCAGCUGCAAAUGGUGAUUUACCGAAGUCACAUGAUUGCAUGGGAACUAGACUUGAAGAAGAUUUGCUCAUGAACGGCCACAAAUCGGUUUGGGGGUUGUGGUGGAAGGCGUUCCAAUGGGGGUACGCCUGUUGCCACCAAACUGACCGUCAAAGCCACUGCACCAAAUAA